AUGCGUAAACCCUGUAUAUCCUCAAUAUGGAUAUCCUUAUUACUAAGUGCUCAUUUAUGUCGUUCAGUGCCAGUGCAAAAAACCUCUAAUCUAAGGGCUCAAAUAAAUCCUUAUUAUCUUAAAGCUAUGGCGGCCUAUAAGAAAUUGGAACCGAAAUUACCACGCGAAGAAUUAAGAGCCAUAACCACUAUUGGUAUUUUAAAUGGUGCCAAACAGGCCGAACAACUAAUGGAAAAAAAUCUCAUAGAUGUGGUUAAAGAUCUCUUGCUCAAUACUAAUAUGAGUGAUAAAAAUUUAGUUUUACCUAAAAUUGAAAAAAUCGAAGAUCAAUUGGAUAGAGAUCAAAAAGCUUUGGAUAUUUUAACAAAAUCCUUAGAUAUGGCCACCAAAUCUAAGGAUGCGAAAACUUUUAAACAAGAAAUGUUAGAUAUUUUAAAAACUCUAAAAGAUCCCACACUAGCAGAUGGUGUGUUUAGAAAUAGUGAAAGUGAUGUGGGCAAAAGAGUGGCUCAGUUGAGGAAACAAAUUCUUAAACAAGUUAAUUUAAUGAAACACGUUGUGGAUGAUAAAAUCGACUAUACUUUGGAAUACCUGAUAGAGCAUGCUGAGGACGAUGGCCCCUUGGCUAAGGCCAGUAAUAAAGUGUUGAAAAAGAGACAAACUGAAAAAGAGGAACCGGCACGUAUUAGACAGAUUAAGUCUUUGCUGACAGAGGAUGAUUUUCGCAACAAUUUGGUUGAGGAAUCCAAAACAGACAACGAAGAUGACUCCCUUGAAGAUGACAAUCUAUUGCUGGAAGCGGCAGCCAAUAAUGUUAUUGAAAGAAAUAGCAGCAAAUCAGCAAAACAACAGGCAACAAUCACGGUGAUGGUGAAUACAACAAAUGACAUGAAGCCUGCCAAACAGGAAGAUGGUUCACCUGAAUUUUUAGACGAUGAUCAGCCGCCACCGACUGGUGGUGGUGGUGGUCUUGUCGGCAUUAUAACCAGUUUAAGUGGAGGGGAAGGUGGCUCGGAUAUUGGUGCUUUGAUAGGUGCUCUAACAGGUGUUAUAUCACAGAUAUUUGGGCCUGGUGGUUUAGAUAUAGAAACUUUAAUUAGUUCUGCUACUGCCUUAAUAUCAGGAUUAUUAGCGGGCGACAAAAACUUUGGCACUGUUUUGGGCAUUUAUGUGGGCACAGCUUUUGAUGGCCUUUCGGGAGGAGGAGGUGCAAUCAAUAAUGGCCAAUUCAUAGGCAACUUUUUGGGAACAGUGGUGGCUUCUUUGAGCGCAGAUCCCGAAGAAGAUGAUGAACCACCCAAACCCUUUAUAUUUUUACAAAAUCUUAUAAGUAGUUUCAUGGAAGCUAAAAAUCGUCCUCUUACUGAAGAAGAAUCCUCCUCAGAACGUAAAGACAAAACCCCCACAUAUAAUAAAGGUGGCGGCUCUGAUUCUUCGGCCUUUAUUAAACAUAUUGUAUCACAUGUUGUGGGCAGUUUAGUAAGUGUAAUAUUAAAUGCUUCUUUGGGAGCUUCGGGAGGUGCAUCACAUGCUUCUCAUUCUUUGUUUGCUGGCAGUUCGGCGGGCCAUAAUCCAGCACCAGCGGGUCUCAAGGGAUAA